AUGCAUGUGACAACCCGUCGAAUGAUUGCGAAUUUCGUCUAUUUGAUCGACAAAUUUGGCUUUAUCCCGAACGGUGGACGGAUCUAUUACGCCACACGAUCACAACCACCACUUUUCAUCCCAAUGGUUUAUGAGUACUAUGCUGCAACGCAGGAUGACGAAUUUCUGGCUUCUGUUAUAGAGGCUAUGGAGAAGGUA